UUAAGGUGUUUGCGCAUGUUCUAGUUACGUAAACACUUGUAAGAAGAAAUUUGUGGAUAGAAUAAUCUUCUCACAAGAGUUGGUUAGAUAAAGUUGGAUACGAGAAGAUAGUUGUCUUGCAUACAACGAGUGUAUACAUGAUUUACUGUGUUGAGAAAAAGAAGUUGGGUAUAACGGUUGCACAGUAAAUAGUAUAUACAAAAAUUAAAUACUACAUACGAAAAGGGCAAGAUGGGAAAUCCCGCUGGACAUUUUGAAAGACAGUUGAAAAGGGCGGAAAACGUUGGGAGCUGUAAAUUGUGUCCUCACGUUUCGCUGGAGACUGUCUGUUGCAAAUGCUGUCUUUCUCAACCAUUUCUUUUCCUCGUUGUCUCUAAAUUUAGACAAAACUCAAUCCCUCUCAGAAAAAAAAAAAACCAACCCAGAGAUAACAACAAUAUUCACCAAAAAAAUUAAACAAAUUUAAUGUUAUUUAGGGUUGUCUUUUUCUCUCUUUGUAGCUUCUUAAUCGAUCAAUGUCGAAUCAAAUCUAAACCACAUAACCCAGCAAAUUUUUUACAUUUUUUGUCUUUAUUUUUUUUAAUUUUUUAAUUUUAUUUCUGAGUUUGGUUUCAAUUUUCUGUGCGGGAAAGGAUGAUCCACUUCCACAACAUUCUGGUGUUGUGGGUUGUUUUAUUGGGGUUCUGCGCAACCGGCGUUUAUUCGAAGACCAAUUCUCAAGAUGUAUCUGCCCUUAAUGUGAUGUAUAACAGCUUACAGUCUCGUUCUAAACUAAGUGGUUGGAAAUCAAGUGGAGGCGACCCUUGCGGCGAUUCAUGGAAAGGGAUAACAUGCUCAGGCUCAUCUGUAACCCAAAUAGACUUGUCCGACCUAGGACUCAGCGGAUCAAUGGGAUACCAGCUUGCAAGCUUAACAUCGGUCACUAAAUUUGAUUUAAGCAAGAACAACCUCAAUGGUGAUAUACCCUAUCAACUGCCACCUAACGCAAAGUACAUAGAUCUUUCUCAAAAUGGUUUUUCGAACACAGUACCAUAUUCAGUAUCUCAGAUGUCUGACCUUGAAACUCUAAAUCUUGGUCGUAACAAGCUCAAUGGACAGUUGAGUGAUAUGUUUGGCAAACUUAAUAAACUCAAAGAGCUGGAUCUAUCGUACAACUCAUUGACUGGCAACUUGCCUCAGAGUUUUGGAAAGCUUUCAAGCCUCAAAAAAUUGUAUCUGCAGAACAAUCAACUAACCGGUCAAAUCAACGUGCUUAUGUACACUCCCGUCGAGGAAUUGAAUAUCGAAAACAAUCGAUUUUCCGGCUGGAUCCCCAACGAUUUGAAGGGUAUAAACAUAAAGUCUGGAGGAAACUCCUGGUCGUCUGGACCAUCUCCGCCUUCUCCUCCUGGUGCACACCGUAAUAGAGGGUCAGGCAAAAAGAGUGGCAGCCGCAACUCUUCUGUAGUCACCGGAGUUACCAUAGCUGGAAUAGCUCUUGCCGUAUUGUUGCUGCUUGCAAUUAUAAUUGCACUGUUUUCAAGAAAAAAACGUUCUUCUACUUCGCAUCUCCUCGAUGAUGACAGGCUUAGCCAGCGCAAGUCGUUUCGUAUCUAUUCAUCUAAGGAUUUAUCUAAAGAACUGACUUCUGACUACAAAGAUUCUGCCGUUUCAAUUGACAUAAAGCCUGUUUCAAAAUCUCCAUCAAUUGGUUUCAAGUCACUGUCGGGCCGUUUGCAAUCCUUUGCCAGAAGAAGCACCUCUGUAAAAGCUACCGCUUACGCUUUGGCAGAUUUGCAGGUUGCUACUGCUAACUUUGCACCAGCUCGCCUUCUUGGGCAGGGCACCAUUGGACGUGUCUAUAGGGCUAAAUAUAGUGAUGGGAAGGUUUUGGCAGUUAAAAAGAUUGAUUCCUCACUUUUUCAAGGCUCACUGCCGCAAGAAUUUUCUGACAUUGUCGUCAACAUCUCCAAGAUUCGUCAUGCCAACAUCGCUGAGCUUGUUGGCUAUUGUUCAGAACAUGACAACAUGUUGAUUUAUGAGUACUUCAGGAAUGGCUCGCUUCACGAAUUCUUACACAUGUCAGAUGACUACAGUAAUCCUCUAACUUGGAACACAAGAGUCAGAAUCGCUUUAGGCGCUGCCCGGGCUGUUGAGUACCUGCAUGAUGGUUGCUCUCCAUCCACAGUUCACAAGAACAUCAAAUCAUCCAAUAUUUUUCUUGACAUUGAACUCAAUCCCCGUCUUUGCGAUUAUGGCUUGGCAACAUUUCACCAGCGUACUAGCCAAAACCUCGGGAUGGGAUACAACGCUCCAGAAUGCACAAAACCAUCAGCGUUUACAGGAAAGAGUGAUGUUUACAGUUUUGGAGUAGUCAUGUUGGAACUAUUGACAGGUCGAAUGCCUGUUGACAGUUCAAAACCACCGGCGGAGCAGUGCCUUGUACGAUGGGCAACUCCCCAGCUUCAUGAUCUCGAUGCAUUGUCACAAAUGGUGGACCCUGCACUGCGUGGACUCUACCCUCCCAAGUCAGUCUCACGGUUUGCUGAUAUCGUUGCCCUCUGUGUUCAGCGAGAGCCAGAAUUUCGGCCACCAAUGUCGGAGGUGGUGCAACAGUUGGUGCGGCUAGUGCAGAGCUCUGCUGCGAACAUGAGAGAGGAUUUUGGUCUCGGGGCAUCUCGUCACUCCAGUGCCAUGAGCAGCAGGAAAGAAGAUCUGGCAGCUUCUCGUCGCUUGACUGACUUUUGAUGAUGGUGGCGAAAAGUGGACGAUGAUUUUCAUUUUGAUCGAUAUCAUGUAAGCAUAUAAAAGAGAGACAGAUUGAGUCAUUUCCUUUAAAUGUUUAUCUCAGUCUGCUCUGGCCGCCCAAUAUUUUUAAGUAGUUCGACUUCAAAAUUAAUCUCAUGAAUUCUGGGCCCUAAAGUUCUCCAAGGCACUCUAGCUUGUUCACUAUAGGAGAAGCAGAUUUGAGAAAAAAAAAAGUUAUUGGAAAUUGAUCAUGGGGGAGUACAAUGGGUAAUUCAGGAAAGUAAAACAUGUUUAGAGUCUGAUUUAAAAAUUUUGAUCUGUAACACCCAACCGAUCUUUGGCUUAGCCCAAAAGCUCAAAUUGUUGAAUGUUUGAUCAAAUUUAAACAAAUUUCAAAUUACUUUAAUUUUCA